CCGCGCCAUACGACAGGUUGAGAACCCUCCAAAUGUUUCGUAGCCCGGACCCGAAGGCGACGUCCAGUGCGCCGCGCUGUAAAGAAGGGGGCUGUUUUCAUUGUCGUUGUGGUAGUUAUUAUUUCUCGGCUGCCGAUAUACCCUGUGAUUCGAUAGUAACGAUUCUCGCUGAUAGUACAGUGAGGUACGAAUAACGUGUCCAGGAAAGGCGAUACCCGACGAUUACGUGCAUCGUUAUUAUUGCGCCCGAAGGUGUGCGCGCGCGCGCGCGCGUGCACACAUUACGACUUGUAUAUCUCGAGAGGCGCAACGAUCUUCGCCUAUGUGUCGGUGUGUUUGUGGUAAGCACCGUGAUAUGUGGAAAAGUGUAAAGUGAACGAAGGAGAGAAGAGGCGCGCGAGAAAGUAUUCGUUUUCUUCAAUGUGUACACGAUACAAAAACAGAGUGGGAGUUUAAGACAACAACACAUUGUUAGGUCGCCUAGCGUAGUAUAUCGCCUAGCGGCGACGGGCCCAGAGAGAAGCGGCGGAAAAAUGGCGUCCGAUAACGAAGCCUCUUGCGCGAGUGACCCAAAUUUCGCGGUGAUUUGUUCAUUUCUCGAGUGCUUCGGCAAGUCCUGUGGUAUCAUUUAUCCUGAUAUCGCGCGCCUUCAAGAGAUGCUUGAAAACACACAAGAGGUACCACAACAGUUAAUAGAUCUACACAUCAAAUUAUUACGAAAAACACGUAAAACAGUAUCACCAGAAAAAUGGGAACGUGCACUGGUUAAAUUCUGCCAUACAUAUUCUAAUCAAGAUGGAUGGGAACUUGAACGUUUUGGUUACAAGAAAGCUCGUAUUGCUGUCAAACUACGUUUACUUAAAAUUCUUUUAGAAACACAAUUUGAUCUAAAUCAAAAGUUUAAAAAUGAAGUAAAUAAAUUAGCUGCUAAGGAAUUACGGGUAGAACCUUUAGGAAGAGACAAAUCUGGUUUAGCUUAUUGGUGUCAAUUUGAUGAAGAGUGCAAUAUAAGAGUUUACAGAGAAGAUUUAGAUGAAGAAAAUUGGGAACUUGUAGCUAAGGACAGAGAAGGUGUAGUUAAUCUUAUAAAUACUUUAUCAAAUGGAGAAGUUGGAGCUAUUCCAAUUAAUGAAGAUAGCAAUAGUUUAGAAAUUUCUGAGAAACCUAUUAUUGAUACGGGACAAAUAUCAACAUCACCAAGUUUAGAAGAUGAAGGUGUUCAAGAAAAUGGCAUUCACAUUGGAGUUGAUGAAAAAGAAUUAGAUAAGAGUGGAGGUGAAGAUUUCGAGGAUGAACGAGAACAAGAUGACAUUAAUGAGUGUAUUAACGCUGAGGAAGACAUGGAGGGUGAAGAUGAGAUGACAAAUGAUGAAAGUUCUAAACAAAAUACUGAAGAAGAUGAUUCUCAGCAGACAAUACAAAAUGAAGUAAUAGAACCACAUUCUACUGAAACACUCUCUUUAGUAUCAACAUGUCCUCUUAAAAUUUUGAAUGGUAAAGUUGAUACAUUAUCAGGAAAAGGAACAGUUUCAUCUCAGGAGAAAGAACUAAGCAUUAUUAAAAAAACCAUGGUUACUACUAUUAUAUCUAAUGAUAUUAAACCUGCAGAAACAUAUAAAUGUGAAGAACAUACAACAGUGAAUAAUUUAAAAAUUGGUUCUGAAGAAUCAGUACCUCUUAAAUCAAUUGAAACACCUGUUAUUACAUCUCCUCUUAAGCUAGUAAAUGUUUCUGAAAUAAAACAAAUACAUGAAGAAAAAAUUAUUAGUGGGAUAAUACCAGUUGGAAGUACAUUGAAUAUAGCUAAAAAAUAUGAAGAUGCAGCAGAUCAAAUCAUGAAACCACUUGAUAAAUUAUCUGGUAAAAAUAAUUUUCCCUUUACACCCACGGACAUGCCAAUGGCUCAUAGUAAAUUAUCUGUGAAACCAAUAGAUCAGUUAGCUGCAACUCUCGUGAGAAUGCAAUCUGAGAAACUUGAAAAACCGAGUGGAGCAAAAUCGUUAGAGAAAAUUGCAGAAAAUCUAGCUAGGUCAGGAAGUAUUGUGGGAAAUGUAAUAAACGGAGAUGAUGAUAGAAUACCACAAGAUUUUUGUGCAAGAAGUCAAAUAGAGAAAGUUAAUGUGCUUAGAGAGCAUAGAGGAAUGGAUUUGUCUACAUCACCUAGAGGGUGGGAAAACACGAAUGAGCAAAACAGACCAAUGGAUUUCUCUGGAAUCGAUUUAUCUAGUCGAAAAUUUAAUAAAACUAUGGAUUUAGCUUCUCCUGGAUACAGAACACAAGAUUUUCAACAUAGAGAAAUGGAUCUUAGUACGAAAAAAUUAAACAAACCAGAAGUUACAAAUGUAGCAUAUGAUGCUCGAACUGUGAUGAUGCGUAAUCAUGCUAUGGUAGCAGAUUUAAGCAAAAGGCAAAUGUCGUUUCCUACUUACGAAAUGUCUGCUACUCCAUAUCAUAAUACUACAAGAAUAUCUAAUAAAGAAGAUCAUAGAUUACCAAACUAUACAAUACUACCAGAUCCAAGUAAAAUUACAACUUUAAGAAUGAACCCAACACCAGUGAAACGGCCAUUAGAAGGAGAUGAUAUGCAACAAGACAUGUUAAAAAGAAUAAGAGCAGAUGUAAUACCAAUUAGAGGUUCCAUAGAUAAAAGGCCAAUAAUGAGUAGUAAUUGGCGAGAUGAAGUUGGUGAAGCUAUUGUGGAACCAAUGAUGAUGAUUCAAGGUGAAGGAUCUGGUAGUGAUUGUGAUGGAGUCAAUCCUGGACUUGGAGAAGCUAUAGAAGAACCCAUAAUUUUUUUUUAUGGUGAAGGAUCUGGCGAGGAAUGUCAGACAGGUAAUCCUGGUGAGGAAACAUCAGCUGACAAUAAAGAAAGUAAGGAAUCAAAAAACGAAGCUGACUCUGCUACUUCUUCUUUAUCAUCAAAUAAGAAUUUAAGCGAAGAUAGCCUUAUGAAUGAAGUAUCUGCUGGAUCGUUAGUAACAAGUAAAAAUACCAUAAAAUUAAACAGAAAUUAUCCACAAUCAAGUGUUAGUGUAAGAAGUAAUUGUCAAAUUAUAGGUUCAACACAAGAAAAAUCAAAGUUCAAACCAUCAUUGGGCAUUCAGAUUAUACCAAAAAAUUCUAACAGUUCUGUAAAAAGAUUAUCGAGAUGGGAUGUUGGAAAACCAGAAGAAAAACCAGAAUGUGACAGCAGUAUCAUAUCAAACGAAGAAAACAUAUCACAGAAGAAAAAUGAAACUGAAGAUUCCUCUACCGCAAAUCAAGACGUUAAGAUAGACGGCAAUUCUGUACGCACUGAAAAUUCAACUAUACAAGAAAGGAAUAUAGAAAUAGAAAAUUUACAAGAGCUAGCAGACGGAAACUCCUUAAGACAAAAGCAAAAUUUUAUUACUCAAGAUUCCAUGCAGUGUGACUCAUCUAUAUCUUUAUGCCAAGCAGAUACAUCAGAAGCACUUGAAUUUUAUAGAGAAACUGUACCCACAACACAAUCAGUAAAUAAUAAAAAUACCGUCGAAAAUAUUUGUGAUUCUGAUAGUAUAACUUCACACGAGACAAAUAUUUCAGAAAAAGUAGAUAAUGAAUGUAAACCAGUGGCUGCAUCUCCACCAAGAUUUUUUUUUGGACCUAAUUGUAUUUCAUAUACUUCCAAAGCAGAAAUAUUUGAAUCACCAUCUGAUCACACAGUUUCAACAACUAUAGAAUCUAAAACUGACACUUUGCAAUAUGAAUGUGUUUCUUCUUCCAAACCAACAGAAGAUAUAAUAACUCCUUAUAAAUCACACGAAUUCGGCAUAACUCAAAUGAAUAAUAACUUAUUAAAAGUCAACUCCUAUACAUCUGAAAGUAAUAAUUCCCUCUGUGAAGAUGAUAAUAAAAAUAAAAUAGAAAAAGUUGAAGGACCAAGUAAUACAUGGGAACAAACAGUUCCUUUAAAAUAUUCUAUACAUGAACAACAUUGUACAAUGCAAAAAACAGAAAUAAAUUCUUCAAACUCCGAAACAAAAGAAGAAAACUUCAACUCUCACACUACUGAUACUCCACAAGAUUCUAUUUCUAGUAGUGAAAAUACAAAAAAUAAAUAUAUAAAAUCUGAAGAAAUAGGGAUGUUGGAUAUAAUUUCACAACCUCACAGUACGAAUGAUAUGAAUAAAGAAGAUACAGAUGUAAAAUCAGAUAAUACAAUUGUGACACCUUCUACAAUGCAAUUUAAUUCUGAAUCUAUACAACCUGAAAUAGCAAAAGCAGAAAGUAACAUAUUAGAAGAACAAUUAAAAAAUCAGAAUAAAAUAUCAGAUCUACAAAAUAAGGUUGCUAAAACUGUAGAAAUGCCAGUUGCUCAUUCUAAAGAUGAAGCUGAUUGUAAUCCAUCUGAUAUGUUGACACUCAGGAAAAGUGAAUUAGAAAUGAAUUCAACAUCGGUUAAUAAUUCAUGUUCAUUACCUUUUGUUCAAAAUCCAGAAUCAGGAUGUACAAGUAGAGCAGAAUUUUCUACUUAUCAAGAAGUAGAUAGUUCAGCAGAAAAACAUGUUUCUGAGAAAGAAUUUGAUUUAUCUAUUGAAAAUUACAAACAAAAUGAUAAAAAUGAUAAUAUACCGGAAUUUCAUAAUCAAGAGAAGCAAGUAAUAAAUCCUAAUAACGAGAACAUGAAAGUUUUAACUGAUGUAAAUUUGGCACAUAAUUAUGAUAAAAACUUUAAAAGGAUAGAAAUUUCACAACAAAAUGAAAUUUCAGAUGAUUCUAAAGAGACAAAAGUAAAGACAUUUGUAGGUUCAUUCAUCAAAAGUUCUGUGCCUGAUGUUAAUACUGAAUUAGAUUUGACAGAUAAUUCUAUCGUUACUAGUUCAGAAUCAAUCGGACAAUGUAACAAAGAUGCGCUAGUUCCUACAAUAAGUAGCUCAGAUGAUACUUGCACUCAAGAUAUCUGCAUUCAAGAAAGUAUUAAAGUGCAUCCAAAUUCUGAGAAAUUGUCCUUUAAAGAUGAUUGUCCUAUUUACAGUGUAUUAUCAGAGACAGUACCUGAUACAAAUAACUUUAGACCAUCCAAAUCUGACGCAGUUGAAACUAAAAAAGAAAUUAAUAUAUCUAAUAUAGUUCAGACUGCAACAUUAGAAGACCAAAGUUCCUGUGUUAAUCAAGAUUUGAAUAAAGAUGUGAAUAUUCAUGAUAAAUUGUCAAAGCCUAAUGAACCUCCUAAACUAGAUGAAGAAAAAGCAUAUUCUGAUAGAAAUUUGUCAUAUAAUGAGGAUAUACAUAGAAUUGCAAUGGAUUCAUGUUCAUCUUCUAACGAAAUAAAUAAAUUUGGUGCUGUUAUUGAAAAAGAAAAAAUCGAGGACGUCAAUUACGUAAACAUUCAGAAAAAAUGUGUUACCACAAUAGAACAUGCAAUUUCAGAAAGUGAGAAAAAAAUUCAAUGGGAUGAAAAAAAUAGUAUGAAUCAAUGUAAAUGUAUGACAAAAUUUAUUGAAGAAAAUAACAUGAAAGAUGAAAAGCAAAAUUCUAUAAGUAACAUUGUAGAAAAUGCAAAUCAACAAGAAAAUAUUAUUGAAAAAUCGAAGAUAGAGGAACCAAAACUGAAUCAAAUGGAUAUAAACCCUGUAGAUAUACAGGAGACAAACAAAAUUAAGCAGUCUUUAGUUGCAAAUUAUGAAAGUAGUGAUUCCAAUGAUAGUGAUGUUUCUGAAACCCUUCAAAGAGAGUCAAUUGAAAAUAAAAAUAAUUUAUUUACAGGUUCAGGAGAAACAAUAACUAGUAAUGAACAAAAAAUGAAACAAAGAGUUGAAAAACCAACUACGAAGGAUGAAAUGCUAUCUAAUGAAUUACAGAAUGUAAUGACUGAUAAUAAUCAAAGAGAAUUAAUACCAGAAAACAAUAUUAAAAAACUUCUAAAUGAAGGAACUGAACAUAAACAGGAAAAAGUGAUUAACAAACAAAUCAUUGAAGAAGAAUAUAAUUGUAUUGUUAAUGAAUAUAAUUUGAAUGAAAAAUCAAUUAUAAAUGAGAAAAAAGGUACUAAUAGCACUGAGGAAAAUAAUACUACAGAAUUGGUUAAAGCAGAAAUGUUAUCAAAUUUCUCUGAUACAGAUGCAGUAAAUAAAGAAAAUAUAAUUUCAACAUUAACCAAAGCAAAUAAUUUAAUAGAUGAAAUAAGCGAAGAGGAUAAUGUUCUAGUUUCAGAUAAAAUCGCGAAUACAGUUUCUGAACAAAAAAAUGAUCCCCAACCAGUAAAUUCUAUAAAUAUAAUUAAAAUUCAUAAACAAACAACUGAAAGCAUUGAAUUUAAUGAUAUUAAGAAAGAAGUAACAUGUGAAAAUUUAAAAGAACAGACUAUGAAACCUAUGGAAGAAAAAUUAAUAACGAAUUUUGAUAAUGAUAUCAAAUUCAUUAAAAGUAAAGAUGUUGAAAAAGAACAUCCAAUUAUGGAGUCAUACAAUAAAGUAUCAGAAUUUUCAGGAUUUGGUGAGAAAGAAAAUAAAUUUGAUACAGAUUUACAUGAAGGAGAUUUAAAUAAAGAUUUAUCUGACAGUGGUACAACCAUUCAUUCUGUACGAAAUAUUUUGCCACUUGAUAAAUUUGACAAUACAUCCUCAGGUAUAGAUAAAUCAGAAGUAUAUAAAAAUAAUAUUUCAACUGUGCCAGAAAAUUUCAAAUCUAUCGAUAAUUUACAAUUUGUAAAUUCUAUAUCUGAAAAGUCAGAAAAUUUAAAUGUGACAGAUCUUCAUGAGAAACAUAAUGAAUCACUUCGUGUUAUGAGAAGAGCAAUAGAAUCUCUUCUCGAAGAUGCUUUCUCUAGCCUAAAUGAUAAAUCAGCAAUUUUUAAUACACAAGAAGUAACAUCAGAAUCAACAACUGUUGUAAACGAUUUCAAAAAAGAAGGUAGUAAGAGAUUAAGCGACGUUUCUGAUAUUCAAGAUGUUCCUCCAUUAAGAUCUAAACCUCCAUGUAUAGAAUCCAAUGAACAAGUAUUAGAAGUUUUAACAAAACCUAAAAUACAGUUGGAUCAAAAGUUUGAUAGUUUUAAACAAGUAGAUGUUGGAGAAAUUAAAGUAAGUGAGGACAUGGUAUCUGAUAGUACCAUAGAACAUUUAACAAAACAUGAAUAUAAUGCAAUAGUUAAUACAACAGACAAUGUAUUAAAUGUAGUACAACAGAAACAUACUGAAGAAACUAAUGAAUCUGGCGAACAGAAAGAAACCUCUGAAAUUCAAAGUAUUGAAGUAAAAACAGUUUCUUUAACAUCUGAUGAUUCUAUGGAAGUAGACAAUGAAAAUUUAUUCAGUACCGUUCCCGAAGAAAUAGAUCCUUUAGCGUGUACUGAUGAUGAUACAUUUAAAAAACUGGGUGAUAAUGAACAGAAUGAUAUCUCUACGCCAAAAAUAGGUUUACGAGUUAAACCAGUAUCUGAACUCGUUUAUGAUGGAUGGAAAUUAGAUUCCACUGAAUCUCCAAAAGUAUCCCGCAAGCGACGUAAUAGUUCCCAUGAGUCAAAUUCCGAAGAUAUGAUUACAAAACAAAAUGAUGAAGAAAUGAUGGGAGGUAAAAGAAUAAAAUUACGUGCAAAACGUAUACCUGAUAAGCAAUUACGAAAGUCUGUGGAAGAAAGUCGUGUUGUAACAAUAAGUUCAGAAGAUGAGGCUGUGAAAUGUAGUCCAGAAAAAUUAGAAGAUCAAGAAGUUAAAGAUGCUAGUGAUGAUCAAAGUACUGUUCAUUCAGUUGCAAUCGAAAGAAAAACAAGAGGACGCCCUAGAGGAAGACGAAGACGUGGUUAUAGAGGAAGUGGACGUUCAACUCGACCGAAACAUUCUGAAUUUCAGAACAUUCAAGUUUCUGAAGUAUCACCCGAGAUUCUUGAUGGAACACCAAGUAAUAAUGAUUCUUUAAGUAUGACACCAAUAUCACAAAAGAAACGAAAGAAAAGAAAAAUGGUUUUGGGUCUAGAAGUAGGAAGAGAUAUUGUUCCUGAAACACAGACAGGUUUAAUUCAAGAUGAAACACCUGUAAGACAAUCUAGAAGAAUAGCACAAUUAAAAAUUAAAGAAGAAGCAGACAGACGAAGAAUUGAGGAAGAGACAUCAAAUGAAAGAAAAGAAAAGAAAGAUUCUACAGAAAAGAAGAAACGAAAGAAACAAAAACCUGAAAGCGAAGAGGAAAUUAUAAUAAAAGAAACGGAAAAAGAAAAAAAAUCCAAAAAGAAACGUAGGAAAAGAAAAAAGAAGAAAAUGUUAGCUAAAUUUAAUGAAGCAAAUCCAUGGCAAAGUUCUUCAGGUUCUAGUAGCGAUGAUGAAAAUGAAAAUGAUGAAGAAGAGGAUGAAGAAGAAGAAAUAGAAAGUGAAGGAUCUUUGCUUUUUAAAAGCGAUCAUGAAUUUUCACCAGAAAGUGAUCUUGAAAAAGAUCAAGAAUCUGAACCAUUAAGAAGAGCAAGAACUGCACAAAAAGCUCAAAGUGAUGUUGAAGAAGCAGAUGAUGAGUAUGCUUGUCAGAAAUGUGGUAAAGCGGAUCAUCCAGAAUGGAUACUUCUAUGUGAUUCUUGUGACAAAGGCUGGCAUUGUUCUUGUCUUAGACCAGCACUUAUGCUAAUACCAGAGGGUGAUUGGUUUUGUCCUCCAUGUCAACAUAAUUUAUUGGUAACUAAAUUAAGAGAGAGCUUGAAAAUGUAUGAUCAAUUAACGAAAAGACACGAAAAUGAAGUUUUAAGAAAGAAGAGACUAGCAUUUGUUGGUAUAAGUUUAGAUAACGUUCUUCAUAAAAAUGAAUCGCAGCGACAUCAGAAGGGAUCCAAGGCAUCUAGCCAAGAUUCUGAUAAUGAAUCAUCAUGUGCCUCAUCUUCUUCGAGUACAGAAACAUCUAGCAGUGAAGAAAGUGAACCUGUGUAUCAAUUACGCGAAAGACGAUGUGCUAACAAAUAUAAAUUCAAUGAUUAUGAUGCCAUGAUCAAUGCUGCAAUUCAAGAUGAAGUAGAAGCAGUUCAAGGAGCUGGAAAUCAAGGAAGAGGAAAAGAUAUCGCAACUAUAGUGAAUGCAGAAAAAGAAGAAGCACAGCUUCAUUUUAAGAAUGAGGUACUAAGCAUGGAAGAAGCUCCAGAGAAUAAAGAUGACAUUGAUAGAAAAUCAGAAAAAGAAAGCGACGAAGAGUAUAAAGUCGAUGGUGAGGAUGGUAUCGAUGAGGAAGAAGAAGAACAUAAAAGAGUAGUAAAAAAAUUUUUGUCGCGUAAGAAACAUCGUAAAUUGAAUAGUCUUGAUAUAAGCAGCGAAGAUGAUCCUGAAAGCGAUGAAGACUUUAAAGGCACUAGUUCUGAAGAGGAAGAAGAUUUUGAUGAUCAUAUAACAUCUUCUGAUGAAAGCACGUUUGCUGAUGUAAAACGACGUAGUAAAAAAGGAGAUUCACGAUCAGUACGAAGAAGUACUAGGGCUAGAACUACACGCUACGACGAAGAUUUUAUAAAUGAUGAUAGUGAAGAAAGUGAUAGGCCAAAAAGGAAGAAAUCCCGAUCUGCAUGGGAUUCAGAUAAUGAGGAUAGUGAUAAUUCGUGGCGACAGAAAAAGAAAAAAAGCCGAACAAUAUCAACGUCUAGGUAUAAAACAUUACCGAAAACAAAGAGCAGAAAGAAAAAAAAGAGAAAACGUAUUAUCGAAUCUGAUAAUCAAAGCGAAAAUGAUGAGUCAAACGAGGAACCAAAAAUUAAUAUAUCGAAUGAGAUUCAAUCACAAAUAGAAAACAACGAAUCCAUAAUCCCUAAUGUGUUAGAUAUUAAACUGGAUAACAUAAAUGAAAAUAACGAAGGAAAACAUAUUGGGCAGAUAAAAGAUGUAAAAUUACAAGAAGUAAAUCCAGAAAUGUCUGAUAUACCUGUGGCUUUACCAUUAGAAGAAAUAACACAACAAAAGAAAAAGAAGGAACAUGCAUUAAAAACAAAGAAGACACCAACAAUUCGAAGAAAAAUUAUAUAUGGUGGUCUUCCAGAUGAAAAUAAACCAGAAGAAGAGGAAAUAUUAAGUAGGCGAACUCGUGGCAGAAAAAUUAAUUAUCAAGAAGAAAUGGCAUCUGAUAGCGAAGAGGAAUUAAAAAAAGCAUUAAGAAAAACGGGAGAAAGUGAAGAUGAGUUUGUGGUAAAUGAGGGUGAAGAUUUAAACGAAGAUGCUGAGAAAGAUUCAGAUUCAGGUGAUAUUUAUAAUCCAAAAAAAGAUGGUCAUAAAUUUAAAAAUAAAUCGCCAAAAAAUAGGAAACCUAGAAAAAGUAAGAGUCCCGGUGGUAAACGAAAAAUGCUAAACGAUGGGACACCGAAACAAAGAAAAAAACCUGGUCCAAAACCUGGAAGCAAAAACAAGUCACGUAAACAAAACUUUUUACUUAGUUCUGUAAUUCAAAGAAGAGACGAUCAAGAUGGCGAUAAGGAUAUCAUGGCAAAUGUCAUAGACAAUCCUAUGGGAGAUAUAGAUACAAAAAUUGAUGACAAUCUUUCAGAAAAUGUUGGAUUGACUAGUACAGCUAUGUCAGUAGCAGGUUCCUUUACUGGCGACGUUCCAGAAGGCUCCUUAACUGGACUUGGAGCCGGUGAACUAGCUGAGUUAGAUGACGAACAAUUAGAGCAAAUGAUGAUGGAAGAUGAAGAAUAUGGUAGGCGACAGUUAGAACUUGCAGCUAUUGAAAUAGCAAAAAAGAAAAAAAAAGAAGAACGGGAAGCAAAAAAAUUAGAAAAAGCACGAUUGAAAGCGUUAGAGAUAUUGGCAGCUGAGAGGCAGAGAGAUCCUAAUGCGCCAGACGGAACUGACGGAGAUGUACCAAAAAAAAAGAAAAGAGGUCGUCGCAGUAAAGCUGAAAUUUUAGCAGAACAGAUGCGCAGGGAUGGAGCUCCAAAUUUGAAUCCUACAGGUUUAGCUACCAGCGUGCCGCAAAACUUAGCAACUAGUAUAUCAUCGAACAUUAAUCCCAAUAUAUCAACUGUUAUGACACCUGAUGCUGAAAGAACAGUCGAAGGUCACAUUCCUAUGAUAGCAGGACCAGAUGGACAACUUUUUAACCCUGAUGGAUCACCAAUGAAACCUAAAAGAAGAGGGCGUGGCAAAGGUAAAAAGACUCUUGCACUGGAAGCAGCUAGAGCUGCAGAAGCAGCAGCGAAAGCUGCUGCUGAGGCUGGUUUAAUUGGAAUGGGCACUGAUUCGAAUUCAGAGAUAAAACCUACUGAAAUUCCAAAUGUACUUCCUACACCAGGUAGUAGCACCUCUGGUUCGGCUCCGUCCACACCACCUGCUGGCGUUGUUACAACACAAGGACCACCAUCUUCACAAACUCCAACUUCACAGUCUGUUUAUCCGUCAUUACCACCUAAUCAACAGUCUUCCGUUAUCACCAGGAUGCUUCAGUCUCAACCCGUAUCAAGUAGUCCACAGUCGUUCUCCGCUGCAGCUGCAGCGAUGGGACACAAAUAUUUUGGAGGACCUAAUGCUGGCAGUCAAAUAAUGGGCGGACCUAGGACAGGUUAUGAAAUGCAACCACGUGGAAGAAUUCCUUCUCCGUAUAGACAAGCAGGACAAUCCUCCAUCCCACCUCAUUUUUCAGCUGUAAGAUCAGGAACACCUCCAAUGAGAAUGAGAGUACCUGGUCCACAGAUGUAUCACACGCCACAUCAUCCAAUGGAUCCUUCUCCUUCAGGUGGUGGACCGAUAUCAAUUAAUAAUCGAGAUCGUAGUUCUCCACUUGGCCCUGGACCUGCGAUGAUUCCGCCAGCUGCAGGAAGCCCUCUAGCGAAAAGUGGUCCUACACCUCCACCACCUCCUCCCUAUGUUAGAGGAGCGCCUCCCAUGUCAAGGUUUACAGAUAAUCCAAUGGGUCCCAGGCAUCAAAUGCCACCUUUUACGAAUGCUUCAGCGGUUAAUCAUAAUAUGCAGCAACCAUCGCCGCCACCUAAUCGUCCACCUGGUAAUUUUUCACCGUAUCAUCCUCCACCUCCUCCUAAUUAUCACUAUGGUGCCUAUCCACCUCCACCACCGAUGUCCACGGCAGAUGAUGCAGCCGCAUAUCAAGGUUCUCCGUAUCCUGCGGAUCACUUUUCAUCUCCUGCGGAUAAUCAACCACCCAUUCAACCACCACCUCCCCCUCAACCCCCACCACAACAGCAAGCACAUUCAAAUGAUGCUGGUGCUGGAAGUAAGCAGUACGAUGAAGAAGGUUCUGGAGAAUUUGGCGGUUUAGUAUCAUACUUCAGUAGCCAGAGAGAAGAUGAUCUUGAUUCGUAGCAUGAGUGAGAUCUUGGCCAACCCUGAAUCAUUAUGUAGGAUGUAUUAACAGUGGUAUUUUAACGGUCAGGUAAGAUUACAACUUUUGCUCGAGAGUGAUAAGUACAAGAGAAACAUAAAAAAGAAGUUCAUAACAUGUAAUGUAAUCGUAAAUAAAAGAAAGUAGAUAUAUAUUUAUAUCUACUUUAUAUAUAUUAUAAAUAUAUGUGUCGGGGCAUUGGAAUGUUUGAAAUAACGAUGAAAAAAAGAAUAUUUGCAUAACAUACGAUAAUGUUCUAGCGUUAUUUUAUACGCGUAUUGUACUGUUUUAAAAGGUAAGAAAAAAGUGUAGAAUUAGAAUUGUCUUCCUCUUUGACCUCUUAAGCAAACAGUUGUUCAAACCUUUGUACUUUCAAAAUAGAAGAAAGAAAAGCCGCCAAAACCAAAUCCAAGGUUGGCCAAGUGAAAAUAAGGAAAAAAUAUUAUAUAAAAAUAUAUAAUCACUAACAAUGGAGCCUAUUUCCUAAGAGUUGUAAGCUUUUUGUAAUUAGUUCGAGUUUGAUUAAAUUUAUAUGAAGCAAAUGACCAGCUGCUAGUAACAACAUAAGUUGCGUGUUACUAGAAAAAGGAUUACACAAAGAUCUGACCAGAAUUUUAACUAAUCAUUCAUUAGUAUUCACACAUGAAAUUCGUGCACAAUUACUUCCAAAUCCAUUGUAGGUGUGUAGAUGUCCUCUCCCAAAUAAACAUUUGCUGUUGAAAAGUCGAUCUUAGUAGUAAUCAGAAAAAAAUUAACAAAUUCGGACUAUGCGCCGUUGUUACAUGUAUAUAUGUAAAUACAAUAAGUCUUUUAGAUUAUAUUACAUGUAUUAUAUAUACACAGUCACGCAAAACACUAUAAAAUGAAUUAGUGCAAAGGGCACAAAUGUAAUAUUUAAAUUAAAACGAAAAGA